CUGAAUUCUAUUCUCUCAACAUUUAAUGCUACUUAAUUUAAUGGCUUCCCUCAACUCUCUCUUUGUUAUGUUCUUCUUCAUGUACUUUCUUCUUACAUCACUUGCAGUGCCAUUAAUAGAAUGUUCUAACUCCACAAAGCUUCAUCGCAGGUGGGUGGGGCCCUCCGGUCACCGUCUGAUCACCGUCGACGUCAGUGGUUUCGGCGACUUCCAGUCAGUUCAAGCAGCUGUUGACUCCGUCCCCGUGGACAACACAGAAACUAUUCUCAUUCAGAUUAGCCCCGGUUGUUACAUAGAGAAGGUGGUGGUGCCGGCAUCAAAACCGUAUAUCACCUUCCAAGGCGCCGGGAGGGAUGUGACGGUGAUCGAGUGGCACGACAGAGCAAGCGACCGUGGACAGGACGGCCAACAGCUUCGAACCUAUCAUUCAGCUUCUGUAUCAGUAUUUGCUAAUUAUUUCUCCGCCAGAAACAUAAGCUUCAAGAAUACAGCGCCGGCACCCAUGCCGGGGAUGGAAGGGUGGCAAGCGGUGGCGUUUCGGAUCUCCGGUGACAAGGCUUACUUCUCCGGCUGUGGAUUCUACGGUGCACAAGACACUCUUUGUGAUGACGCCGGCCGACAUUACUUCAAGGAGUGUUACAUCGAGGGUUCUAUUGACUUCAUUUUUGGCAAUGGAAGGUCAAUGUACAAAGACUGCGAACUACAUUCAAUAGCCACUGAAUUCGGGUCCAUCGCGGCCCAAGACAGGAAGACGCCGUAUGAGAAGACGGGCUUUGCUUUUGUGAGAUGCAGAGUGACUGGUACGGGCCCACUGUAUGUGGGCCGAGCAAUGGGCCAGUACUCCAGGAUUGUCUUCUCCUAUACUUACUUUGAUGACGUGGUUGCACACGGUGGUUGGGAUGACUGGGACCACGUCAACAAUAAGAACAAGACUGUUUUUUUUGGAGUUUACAGCUGCUGGGGCCCUGGAAUUGCAGCAGUCCGUGGUGUGUCAUGGGCCCGAGAGCUCGACUACGAUUCGGCCCAUCCUUUCCUUGCUAAGAGCUUCGUCAAUGGAAGGCAUUGGAUUGCGCCCUCUGAUGCCUAGAUUUCUAUCAUUCACACACAAUGCCAUUUUCUUUCUUCCUUUUUUUUUUUCAUCCCUCGUAAUUUUUUCAUUCUUUUUAAGAAAUUCAGCUAUUCAAUCUUUCAGAAUUUUCCACAUGCAUGGUAUCAAUCUGUAACAAUAGAACCAUUUGAGUUUCAUUCUCUUUAUUCGUUUUUUGUUUGGAAAUUUGCGAUACUGGUGUAAACACCACACAUCUGAUAUCAAUAAAAUUAUUGCUUUUGUGUGUGAGCACGUGCGUGCGUGCAUGUGUGUGUGUGUGUGUGAGAGAG